AUGGAUGUUGAAUUGAAAUCCUUGACUGGGAAUGGUACUUGGUCAGUGGUUUCUUUGCCUAAGGACAAAAAGCCAGUUGGGUGUAAGUGGGUCUACAAGAUUAAGAGAAACCCGGAUGGAACAGUUGAACGUUUUAAAGCUCGCUUGGUAGCUAAGGGCUUCACUCAACAAGAAGGUGUAGACUUUAUAGACACUUUCUCACCAGUUGCAAAACUUGUAACUGUCAAGUUAUUGCUUGCUCUUGCUGCAACUCAGAAAUGGAGUUUAACUCAGAUGGAUGUGACAAAUGCCUUCUUGCAUGGUGAUCUUGAGGAAGAAAUCUACAUGAGUUUGCCUCCUGGUUACACGGAUACUUCAAGUGGGAGUUUGCCGCCUCGACCAGUCUCUAGUAAUGAUACAGCUGCUGAGGAAGCCUUAAAGAUUCUGCUUAGAUCACACUUCAAGAUCAAAGACCUGGGACCACUCAAGUUCUUUCUGGGACUUGAAAUAGCUCGUUCAUCGCAAGGAAUUUCUGUGAGUCAAAGAAAAUACUGUCUGGAAUUGAUUUCUGAUACAGGAUUGAUUGGAUCUAAACCUGUUACGGUUCCCUUGGAUCCGAAUGUUUCUUCACAUAAGGAGACAGGACCUACAUUGGUGGAUUUAACACCAUACAGAGCACUUGUGGGACCUCAUAUGAAGGCAGCUCAGAGAGUGGUUCGAUAUUUGAAGUCAAAUCCAGGUCAGGGUCUCUUCUAUUCAGUAAAUUCUGAUAUGCAAUUGAAGGCUUUUGGAGAUGCUGAUUGGGCUCAGUGUCCUGAAACUAGAAGAUCUGUCAGUGGAUUCUGUGUGUUUCUUGGUUCGUCUCUAAUUUCGUGGAAGGCCAAGAAGCAACACACCGUUUCAAGAAGCAGUACCGAGGCUGAAUACAGAGCAUUGGCAAAUACAACCUGUUGCGCUCCUGAUAAGGGGGGAGAGAAAGAUUGCGGAGCAGACUUUUCGAAGGGACAUGACCGAUUCAAAUCAUCGGAAAGGUGUCUAUUGCUUGACGGUGAUGACGUGGCUUACACUGAAUGGUUUUAA